AUGCCAAAGCAGGGCAGGUCAUCUCUCAGGAAUCAUUGUUUUCCCGCAUUCUAUGCGUGUUAUCUCCUGAAAAGUAUCCGUACUCCUCACUCGACUGCGACUUACAUUGGGAGUACCCCUAGUCCACCACGCCGCAUACGCCAGCAUAAUGGCGAAAUCGCAGGAGGCGCCUGGAAGACCAAGCGCAACAGGCCAUGGGUGAUGCAAAUGAUAGUGCAUGGGUUCCCAUCCAAUCUCGCAGCAUUGCAGUUUGAAUGGGCCUGGCAGCAACCCCAUAGAUCUCGCCACCUUCGGGACGAGGAAGUGCAGGCUGUCUUCAGUGGCCAUAGGAAGUUCAACUAUCUCAGAAGCAAUGUUUUGGUAGCUCGGAGCAUGGUUUCCUCUCACCCGUUCAAUACAUGGCCCCUGCACGUCAAACUAUUUACAGCUGAAGCAGCCAAAGCAUGGAAGGAUGCUGAGUUGGCUACCAGCAAUUUUCCGCUACCUCCCGGCUUUACAUGCGCGACUGAACUGGAGGGCGUGGACGGCAAAUCUGGUCAGACUGGGACGGAGAGACUGGGCCCUAUUGAUGUCACCGACGGCCGGUUCACUUUAGAUUAUCUCAGGAAGAUGUCAACCGUACUCGCAUCUGAUGGAGACAUCAAAUGUUCUAUUUGCUGUACCAGUAUCCACCCCCGUCCACCCGACCCGCUCAUCACUACACUCUGCCCAGCACCUAGUUGCACCGCCAUGUCUCAUUUGACCUGUCUCUCGAGCGACUUCCUGCAAUCCGAGAACUCACAGACGGAGAUCAUCCCUCGAGGUGGCCACUGCAGAUCCUGUCGCACGUACAUUCUCUGGGGCGACGUGGUUCGCGGGUGUUAUCGGCGCCGAGGCGGUGUUGUGCCCGACCCUGAAUCAGAAUCCGACGAAAUGGAGGAAGACGAACACGACAACGAGUGUUUGCCUGGAAUGCAGGACGACAAUGACCAACUUCCUCCGGCCCCAAGGCGACCUGGAACCAAGGCUUCCGAGAUGCGACGAAAGCUAGUGGCUGUGAAGACCCCUCGGUCGGCCCUCCGGGACCACGAUAAAGAGGAACAAGAAUUCUUUGACCUGAGCGCCGUUAGCAGUGGAUCCGAGGACGAUGCAGAUGAACCUGUAUCUGCGCCUGUGAAGUCCUUUCGCACCAAGGGUGCUAAAGUUCUUGGUGUGAAAGCUAAGGGUAAAUUUAUGCUCGAGGUAUCGAAGAGUCGUUACGACACGUCUACGGUUCCUUCUUCCCAUUCAGACUAUGCAUCCAUUUUACCACGUGGGCGUGGAAAACCUGCUUCCCGUGGCGUAAGCACGCAACCUCCAUGGGAAAGGCCUAAUGGCGCCACGCAGUUGUUAUCAGCAGCGAUCGGUGUUCCGGGCUCUAGUGAGUCUCGACAUCUCACGAAUGCAACAUCGCCAAGUCAUGAUCUGCACACUCACCUUUGUACGCAUGGUUCCAUACCAAAACGAGGGCACAAAUCAGCGCAUUCCCGACGGCAGAAGCCCGGCUCUGUCGCCGACCUGUCGCUUGCUGGCAUGGCUACAGACGCAGAUGCAGAAGCAGCCCCUUCUUCCUUACAGAUCCGGAAAUCGCCCAUCUUGAAUACUCGCAGCGCCAUGUCACAACUCACACCGUUCCCAUAUCUUCCACCACUCUCGGACAGCGACACUGCUAGCAACUAUUCGUAUCAACGUUCAGGAAUAGACGCAAAGGGGCCCUUCUGCUCACCCGAUCUUCGGACUGAGUGUGAAGACGCUCCAGUCAAACCGCAAUCCCAAGAUUCCACCACGUCGUCGAAGCUUGCCGGAGCUGUGUCAAUGCUCUCUAUAUCCAGCCCCUCUUCUCCCAGGGCCAGGGUUGAAUCCGUGACUAGUCCGCAGCGUGAUCAGCCAGAACAUGAAAUUAUAGUUCUAUCCGACUGA